AACAAAGUACUUCACCUCUAAUAAUCGGUAAUACUGCUCGAUAUUUUCACGACGGACAGACAGUCAGUCGACGGGUGUCAGAGGCUUAAGAGGGAUUGUAAUUUCCAGUUCUAUAUAUCGGCGUGUCUCGGUCUGCUGUAAAAGUGCGAACCACUGAAACGAGCCGGUGAAUCAAGUUCAGCCUGAAAACGAAGAACAUAAUGUCAUCGUCAUCGCGUGUCAAGUCAAAGAAUGCCUUGAAAUCGCCGAGAAAGACGGGAAAUGAGGAAACUUCGGCAGCUCCUGGUGCAGUGGAUGACAAGAAGACCCAGAAGGACGUCAAGAAGGAGGGUGAAGCGAAGAAAUUAAAUUCCAUCGACAACAACAACACACAGUGCGAUGCUCGAGCAACCGAAGUCUCAAAUGUGCAGGCAAAAUUGUCGAAAAAGAUGAAUGACGUGUGUGGCGAACUUCAGAGGAUAAAGAUAGAGGAUGGAGGAGAGCCCCAACCGAUGAAAGAAGCAACGGAAAAAAAAUCAGACGUGGAAGAAACGACUCAAAAAAAUGUUGACGCUGCUUAUCAAGUCAAGACGAAGGAACAGAAGAAAAAAGAACGAGAGACUGAACGACUUGCAAAAGCGAUGACAAAAUUCAGCAAAAAAUUCGUGUCGGCAGCCAAAGAUUUAGGAAUCAUUGAACAGAACCAGGACUACAGUUCAGAUUCGGAUAUCUCGUUGCUCUUGACGGAUUCCUCAUUGUGUUCAUCAAGCUGCACCUGUUCAGAGUGCUGCACAACCGAUUCCUCGACGUGCAGCUGCUCGGAUUGCUGCUCCGACGGAAGAAGCAGCUCAACUUCAUAUUCCGCAGGUUCGUCGACUACGGAUUCGUCGUCAGAAUCGAGCAGCGAAAGCUCGCCGUCCUCUCCGUAAUCCGAUGAUCGUAUCGAGUUAAAUUCUCAAAUUGUUCUCUACAAAUUCGGCAUUGAAUGUC